AUGGCUUUCACGAUCACUAUUCAGAAGCGCAUUGCACCUGGAAAGCCUGCAUCCAAGGGCUUUCCUCUCACCGUGUCUCUCUCGUCGCAGAAGGCCACGCUAGGUGAAGUCAAGAAGCAGAUCGCCUCAGCCUCGCGCAAGCUCACCACCGAGCGUCAGCGUAUCACCACCGACGACAAGAAACCUCUGCUCGAUGACGACAAAUCGCUUGCCGAUCUAGGAGUCUCGGCGGGUGAGACUCUUUACGUUAAAGAUCUUGGUCCUCAGAUCGGAUGGAAGACCGUCUUCCUCACCGAAUACGCCGGGCCCAUCUUUAUCCACCCGCUCUUCUACUACUUUGGUCCCAAAAUCUGGCAUCGCGAGUUCGUUCACUCCAACAUGCAGACCGUGGCUGUCACCCUGGCUGUUGCACACUACGUCAAGCGCGAGCUCGAAACGCUCUUUGUGCACCGAUUCAGCAACGGAACCAUGCCGCUGUUCAACAUCUUCAAAAAUUCGACCCACUACUGGUUCCUCUCCGGCUUCCUCCUGGCUCCCUUCGUCUACUCUCCUUGGUUCUCGGCCGCCUCUGUAGCGGGCACCGUCCAAGACAAGCCGGCGUUCGUAUACGGCACCGCUGCUGUCAUGGUCAUCGCCGAGCUGUGCAACGCGUACACUCACAUCAUCUUGAAGAACCUCCGCCCUGCCGGGUCCAAAGUGAGGAAGAUCCCAAGGGGAUUUGCUUUCGAGCUGGUUUCAUGCCCCAACUACUUUUUCGAGUUUGUCUCUUGGGCCGCAUUCACUGUGCUGACGCUCAACCCUGCCAGUGCGCUCUUCGCCGCCGUGAGCACGGCUCAGAUGUUUGCCUGGGCCGUCAAGAAGCACAAGAACUAUAAGAAGGAGUUCGGCAAGGAGUACCCUAAGCGGAAAGCAAUGUUCCCCUUCAUUGCCUAA